AUGCCCAAGGACAACUACGGUCAGUCGUACGACAUCUCGUCGUCCGGCACUAACGACCAGGGCAACCACUACUGCUCGCGCUACUACAGCUCGGACGCCUCGAACUCGAACUCGUACCACUGCGAGUUCAACUCGGACGGCUCGUACUACUACUCGAACUCGGACGGGUCGACCUACUACAACAGUGGCGACGGGUACUCGAACUACACCUCGCCGAGCGGCCAGAGCUACCAGAGCAGCGGCAACCAGAAGUAA